UAUAUAAUGACUUGUGGUUUUUCUGAUGAUUGCGUUGAUAAUUGUGUUAACUACUGUGCAGAUUUUUUCUGACGUUUGUCCCGAUGAUUUCUACAUGUGAUUUCAACAUACAGGUCGGAAUGUGGACGGACUUUCUGUAGAUAGAUGGAAUUUGGUCGCCAGAUAUUUUAGAAGGUAUAAACUUAGUUGGCCGACGCAGAAAAAGUGAGGUAUCUUUUUAUUAGACACCGGACCGCAUCUAGAAGGUGAGGUAUCUCAUCAAGUAGCAGUGGACGGCUAGAGUGAGGUAUCUCAUCAAGUGGCAGUGGACGGCUAUAGUGAGGUAUCUCAUCAAGUGGCAGUGGACGGCUAAAGAGUGAGGAAUCUCAUCAAGUGGCAGUGGACGGCUAUAGUGAGGUAUCUCAUCAAGUGGCAGUGGACGGCUAAAGAGUGAGGUAUCUCAUCAAGUGGCAGUGGACGGCUAGAGUGAGGUAUCUCAUCAAGUGACAGUGGACGGCUAAAGUGAGGUAUCUCAUCAAGUAGCACUGGACAGCUAGAGUGAGGUAUCUCAUCAAGUGUCAGUGGUGAGGUGUCCGUGACCUGCGUCAGCUGAUGGAGUCCGACGUGGCCCUGCCCAGACACCCUCUGCCUCCAGAAAAGCAUUACCUGACCAGACCCACGCCUCAGAUCUUCAUCUUUCUCCUGUUGGUCAGCUCUGCGGCCUUGUACUUCGUGGGACCAAAUUUAUCUUCCACAUUUGCGACGGUCAAACUAAAAACCGGAACGGUUUUAGAAGUUCCGCAUGACCGGAAAACAAGCGUGGUCAAAUAUGUGAUACACAACGAAACAGAGGACGGUCUGGCUUGUGCUUUCCCGCACGUCAACCCGUUUGAUCCGGAGAUUAUGAAAUUAUCCGGACUGCAACAGACGGCUUUGGCCUGCGAUAAACACCUGCCCGAUUUAACGUACCUUGACGGGAAUAAACUCGUCGUCAAUACAACACAGGUCAGCUUGAGUUUAGAUCUAAAGACGGUCAGCUGUAAAUACCAGGACAUUUUUAAAGAUCUCGACGACGACAAGAUAGCCAAAUUUGGGGAAUGGAGCCGGCCUUUUAACAACUCUAUACUACUAGGGGACGCAACUGAGUUUAUUCGAGUUGUGUGCGAGAACUCUACGUCCCACGAAGUCUCCAAAAACUAUUAUGCUCUAAUUCCUAAGCGGGAAAGGCAGUUAAAAAUAGACGCCCUGCUUCUUAAAAAGUAUAAAUCAGAAAUAUCCCCGAAAGAAAUUCUCAAUGUUUUAAUUAUUGGGUUUGAUGGCGUUUCGAGGCAUCAUUUUCUCCGUGCUAUGAGUAAAACAUAUUCUUUGUUGAUGAAUGACUUCAGUUCCUUUGAUUUCACCAUGCACACUCAAGUCGGGAUCAACACUUUCCCGAAUUUUAUACCGCUACUAACCGGUACUUCAGAAGACAACAUUACAAAAUGGUGGACAGACUCCGAUAAAACGGACGCGUUCGACUUCAUAUGGAAAGCUUACGAAAAAUCCGGUUAUCGGACUUUAUACACUGAAGAUUUCCCGUCAAUCGGGGCUUUUCACUACGCGAAAGUGGGAUUUUUGUUUCCGCCGACGACGUACUACAGCCACCCCAUCAGUGUGGCUAUCGACAGCGACAAAGACGUGCACUUGUCAGGUAACGACUGCCUUGGCAGCCGACCGGAGUUCUACUUUCACAUCGAUUAUAUCCGGCGACUUUACGACACGUUUCCGGAGGUACCCAAAUUCGCCAUGGCUUUUUUGACGCGGUUGACUCAUGACGUCAUGAAUGAUCUUAAAAAAAUCGACGAUCACACGUAUGAGAUCUACACAAAAUUGUCAAACGAGGGUUAUCUGAACAACACAUUGUUGAUUACAUUUUCCGAUCAUGGUCCAAGGUGGGGGCCGAUUAGACCUACCUAUCACGGAAUGAUUGAAAGCAAAACCCCGUACACCAUUUUGACGUUCCCGAAAUGGUUUUUAAAAAAAUACCCGGAUGUUGUCAAAAAUCUGAGAACCAACACUGGACGACUGACGACACACUACGACACACACGCCACUUUAAUGGACCUGCUACACUUCAAAGCCAGCGGGGAAGUUCCGGUAAACAAAGGUCUAGGUAUCAGCUUGUUUCAGGAAAUUCCCAAAAACAGAACGUGCGAGGACGCACACAUACCCUCGGAGUAUUGCGUGUGCGGGCAGAAAAAUCUAGCCAAGGUCGACGUGGGAGAGGACAUCUCCAAAACACUGGCCGAGAACGUCGUGGACGUCAUCAACACCAAAAGCAACAGGGAUCUCUGCGCCGAGCUGUCUCUGGAUAAAAUCAUCCAAGUCUUGAAAGUCGACUUCUCGACCACGGCUUUAAAGAAAGAAAAAUACGACCGGGUCAUGUACAAAAUCAGACUCCAAACAGUCCCGGGGCAUGCUAUAUUCGAAGCAACAGCCUACCAUAAAGUUGACAACAACACCAACGGUGUGAGAAAUUCUUCAAGGAACUUGAAAUCACACCACACCGAGACGCAGCUCGUAAUUGAGGUCGGGGAAAAUGUUGAAAGGUUGAACCUCUACCGCGGGCAGGCAGACUGCGUCACCGAUUCUAAACUGAUGCCAUUUUGUUUUUGUAGAAACCUACUGCACACACAGUCGUAACCGUCAGCAAAACAUCGCAGGGUGUCACCGGUUGCCAGGACAACUUGUUGUUUAUUGUGUUUUGAAGUACUUUAAUUUAGAACGUUUUGCGCAGUGACGUGCUCUUCUGUUAUGGAGUUAUAAUGAAAUAUUCAACCUGUAGUUGAUGGAUUGAGGACUACUUAAAAUACGUUUUGAGAUUAUUCAUGUGAUCAUAUAAUGGAUAUUUGAACUUUGACUUUUAUUCCAUGUGUAAGAAAUGGGUGGCUGCAUGCAAUAAACUCUUGAAAAAAGUGUUUGCCAACUGCAGUAGAUAAUCCAGAAACUUUUAACUAAGUGCAGUAGACAAUCCAGAAAGUUUUAACUAAGUGCAGUGGACAGUCAACAAGUUUAGGCCAGGUGCAAUAGACAUCAAUAAAGGUUGGCCAAGUGCAGUAGACAAUCAACAAGGGUUGGCCAAGUGCAGUGGCCUAUUUAAAAAGGUUGGCCAAUUUCCGUAGACUAAUAAUAAGGGUUGGCCAAGUGCAUUAGAUUAUUUAAAAAGGUUGGCCAAGUGCAAUUAACUAUAAAAAAAGUGUUGGCCAAGUGUAGUAGACUAUAAAAAAGUGUUGGCUAUUUUUAAAAUUUGGCCAAGGCCAGUAGACUUUAUUUUUUGGCCGAAGUGCAAUUAACUUAAAAACAUGUUGGAACAGUUCAAUAGAUUAUUUUAAAAGUUUUGACCAAGGCCAGUAGACUAUUAAAAUUGUUGGCCAAGUGAAGUAGACUUUCAAAAAAAAAGGUUGGUCAGGGGCAGUGAACUAUCAAAUACGAACUGACUAUCAAAAGAGUGAUGGUUAAGUAGAAAAGACUUUCUAAAGAAAAGUACCCGAUGGACAAAUUAUGAAAUUGUCUCAAAUGAUACACCCUCGAUUAACAUUGUUCAAUGUAUAAAGGUAUUUAUGAAACAAAAUGCAAGGAAUCUCCGUGUUAGUAAAAUAAUCGAAACAAUCGAAACAGUUCAAUGUUAUGCAAUUCAAAAGGGAGCAGUAGAAGAAUUAUUUUCUAUGAUGAAAACCUCAAGAGUUUGUUUUAACUGUAUUGGUAACCCACGCCAGAUGAUUUGUAUCAUAGAAGAUUGACAUCCAAGUAUUGCAUCCAAGUCACAACAUUCCCAGGCUAAAUAAAUGUACCAGGUACCCCAGGGACCUCGCUGUACUUGUGUAGGGGAGAAAGACAAUACUUGCCACUAAAAGGUUGAGGCAUUAAAAAUUUAUGAAAAAAAAACCAUUAUAUUUAUUAAAUACUGCUUUGUUUAUUGUUGGA